UGGGCGCACGUGGGUCAGGGUAAACAGCACGCCAGCGCGCCCCCGUGCGCGUGUCUGGUCUCCAGAACCUCAGUAAAGCCUCGCGGACUGUACUGCUGCGCGCACACGGCGGAACAAUGCGGCUCAGAAAGCUGGUUUUUCUUCGUGUGCUCUUGCUAGUGCUUAGCUGCCAUGUGUGUGUGGGCUACGUAUUUCAAGCCCGUCAGGCAACCGAGGAGAAGGAGAAGAUUACCUCACAACCUAAAAUAUCUAAAUGGGAAAGCACAGCUGGGUCUUGUAAAGGACGGUGCUUUGAGCUGGAGGAGGCAGAGCCUCCUGGAUGCAGAUGUGAUAAUCUGUGUAAGACCUUCUAUAGCUGCUGCUCUGACUUUGAUCAACAGUGUCUGAAAACCGCUGGAGGUUUUGAGUGUACCGCUGAGCGGUGUGGCGAGAGCCGAAAUGAGGAAUAUGCAUGCCACUGUUCGGAGGACUGUUUGGAGAAAGGAGACUGCUGCACCAACUACAAAGCUCUCUGCAAAGGUGAAAGUCAGUGGUUGGAUGGAGACUGUGAGGAGAUUAGCGCCCCCGAAUGUCCUGCAGGAUUUGUGCGUCCUCCUCUCUUUAUCAUCUCUCUGGAUGGAUUCCGCGCCUCUUACAUUAAGAAAGGGGAAUCUGUCAUUCCCAACAUCCAUAAACUAAGAACAUGUGGGACACGCUCUCCUCAUAUGCGGCCGAUGUAUCCUUCAAAAACGUUCCCUAACCUCUACACCCUCGCCACGGGGAUGUACCCAGAGUCGCAUGGCAUUGUGUGUAACUCCAUGUAUGAUCCAGUGUUUGAUGCAAACUUCAAUCUACGUGGGAGAGAGAAGCUGAAUCCCCGCUGGUGGGGUGGGCAACCGAUCUGGGUAACGGCAGAGAAACAGGGGGUGAAGGCAGCCACAUUUUUUUGGCCUUGGGUGAUACCACUGGAGAGAAGGAUUCUGACCAUGCUACGUUGGCUCCACCUGCCUGAUGAUGAAAGGCCGUAUGUGUAUGCUGUCCACUCAGAGCAGCCCGAUGCAUUCGGUCACAGACUGGGCCCGUUAAGCAAUGAGCUGGAUAACCCACUAAGAGAGAUUGAUAACAUCAUCGGUCAGUUGAUGAACGGUCUAAAGCAGAUGAACCUCCACCGCUGUGUGAAUGUCAUCAUAGUAGGCGACCACGGAAUGGAGGAGGCCCACUGUGACCGUACAGAGUAUCUCAGCUCAUACGGACUCAACGUUAAUGAGCUUACGCUUAUCCCGGGAUCAUCUGGAAGGUUGCGCCCUAAAAAUCAGAGCCUGCCAUACGACCCAAAAGAGCUUGUGGCUAAUUUAACAUGUAAAAUGCCCAAUCAGCACUUUAAGGCCUAUCUGAAGCAGGACCUGCCCAAACGCCUGCACUACGCCAAGAAUCGCAGGAUAGAGGAUGUUCACCUGCUCAUGGAGAGGAAGUGGCUCGUAGCCAUGAACCGGUUACCCGGCAGCUGUGGCUAUUUUGGAGAUCACGGCUUUGAUAACAAAAUGAACAGCAUGCAGACAAUCUUUUUGGGAUACGGGCCGAGUUUCAAGUUCAGGACGGAAGUUCCUGCCUUUGAGAAUAUUGAGCUUUACAACGUAAUGUGUGACCUCCUGGGCUUGACUCCCGCACCUAAUAACGGCACACACGGCAGUCUGAACGCCAUGCUCAAAGACCCUCCGUACACACCCAUACAGCCGGACGAAGUGACAUCACCAAAACCUCUGGAUUCUACUGAGACUUCGCUGGCUUUCUACAACCUGGGCUGCAGCUGUGAUGAUGAGAAUAUGAUCAAGGAGAGUGAAGACAGAUUUGUCGCAGACGACGCUGCUUUGUUUAACAAUGGAACCCACCUGCCAUUUGGCCGGCCUGCCGUUCUGUUCCAGACAUCGUACUCGUUACUGCAGCACUCGGACUAUAUCAGCGCAUACAGUUACGAGCUGCAGAUGCCCCUUUGGACAGCGUUUACCCUCACACCACAGAUAAAGAGCACUGCCCCACCAUUCCCAGGUUCAGACUGCGUAAGAGCAGACGUGCGAAUUCCUCCUGAGUACACCCAGACGUGCGACUCCGACAACCAGGAUCUCAAGAUCAUCCGUGGAUUCCUGUACCCACCUGGUUUUGCGAUCACUCCUGAAUCCAGAAAUGAUGCGUCACUGAUCACCAACACAGUGCCCAUGUACCCUGCCUUUAAGAGAAUAUGGAGCUACCUGCAGAUGAUAGUGUUGAGGCGCUACACUGAAGAGAGAAACAGCAUCAAUGUUGUGACUGGACACAUAUUUGAUUACGACUUUGAUGGAGUGAGAGACACGGUGGAGAAAAUCAAAGAACAUGCAGGCACCUCUGCCCCGGUCCCUACUCAUUUCUACAUGAUAAUAACAAACUGUGAUGAAGAAAAUACAACAGUGGAGGAGUGUUCAGGAUCAAUUUCCAGCGUCUCUUUCAUCCUCCCGCAUCGCCCAGAUAACUCUGAAAGCUGCAAUAGUUCGGAGGAGCCAUCUCAGUGGGUGGAGGAGAUCCUGCGCACACACACGGCUCGCAUACGUGACGUGGAAUUGCUCACCGGACUAGAUUUCUACCGCUCCAUCUCGCUGCCCUACACAAGCACACUUGCUCUGAAAACCUAUCUUCACACUUUCGAGGAAAACAUCUAACCACUGGUGGAGCAACAUCAGUACACACCACUUCACCUCUCUUCCUGGAUCUGCUGAUCAUUUGGUGUAUAGUUUUUAUACAGUGUGUCAUAUUUAUUGCUCAUUUCAAAUAUGAUGGUACAAUGUUCCAAACAGUUUAGACACUUUCGACUCACUAAACAUAUCUGUUAUAGAGUGUGAAGUACAUUGGGUUAUUUUGAGUAUCUUUGUGGUGUAUGUUUGUGUUGGUGCAUGUGUUUGCUAGCAUGAGGAGAGGUUUUAUGUGGAGAUCAGUGCUCCGGAUCACUCUGAUAGUAAUGUGACCACAGAGUUAAAGUUUCACAUAAAGGGACUUCCAGCAAGGCAUGUGCUUUAGUCCCUUUCAUGACAGUUUACAAUGUUACUACAAUAAUAUAUUUGCAGAAUUACCACACUUACAUGUUCUUAAAGGGGGAGCCAUCUGCUGGCUAUGAAGUGAAUCACAAUAUUACUUUUUUUUUUUCUUUUUUUUUACAAUCCUUCCCCUUUUCCAUCAACUAACCCCACCCUGUUUUGUUGAAACAUUGUAUGCCUCGUGCGUGGAAGCUAAUUUCUGGGCCGGACGAGAAAUGCAAAUAGACACCUUAAUAAGAAAAAGAACCUAGUGAUAUUCUACACAUCAUUAUUGUGGAUCAGUUUUCCCUAAAAACUGUGUUUAAGAUUAUAUGACUACUAUAACUACAAAUGCAUUUUAAAAAGUCCAGCAAAGCUGUGGAGCAUUGCAGUUGGAUCUUUAAAGCUCUUUAGCUCAUUAGUGUACACCAUGCGUUUUAUAACCAAGGUUUUUUGUAGCACCUGUACAGGCUAUGGUGUGCUUUGAAAAAAAAAACCCUGUUUUCUGGCAUAUGUACAUACAGUACAGAGAAAUCCAUAUGCCAGCUUGUUCAGUGUUUAGGGUCUCUGCCCUGGAGUGCUUAGAGUCUGAUAGUUCUAUCCUAAUGGUGCCAAUUCUCUUGUAUUCAAAUGCAAAUUAACCAGCAAACCCUGCUCGAUAACUAACGCUACCUACUGAGCUAAUAGAUGUAUAUUUAGGAUUAAGCUACCAAGCAAAAAUUAACAACUGGAAUGCCUUCUACAUACACACAUUUUGACUAUUAUAGCUAAGAGAAACUGUUAACCUAUGGAGUAAUUAUAUUUUGGAAUUAUUAUAUUUCAAUAUUUUCUUUGAAUUUAUUUUUAACUAUUAUAUUAUAUUAUAUAAUAUUAUAUUAUAUAAUAUUAUAUUAUAUUAUAUUGUGUGUUGCAUGUGUGUUAUAUUUGUUAGUUAUGCAAUAGUGACAAAUUAAAGGAAAAUCUGACAAAAA